AUGGCGCGCGAAGCAGAGGGUGGCACGGCGGGAGCAGAGCUGGGCUGGGAAUCCCCCUGGGCACGUGUUGGUGCCAUCCUGAGCUCCAAUUUUUCGGCCCUGGAGACGCCUCAGCAGGAGGAUGAGCCUUUCUGGAUUCCUGCUGUCACCUCACUUGUCACUUUGAUCCUCUACCCUCUCCUCCUGCUGGCCCUUUACACCAUGCUCAGCAGGAAGAUUGGACACAGCACAUCCAGCAGUGACACAUCCUCAGACACCUCGGAGGACUCAGACAACCCUUCCUGCCCUCAGGUACCACAGGCAAAUCAUCCCCAGCCCACCUGCUCAGGGGAAACCAUCAAUUACACAUCCCUGGUGUUCCCAGGGAAAAGCCACGAGCGAGGCUCUGCCCAGGACUACGAGAACGUGAAGACUGGGAUGGAUUAUGUCAACGUGGACCCAAAGAAGAGGAAAACACAUUUCUGGCCCUUCUCCAGCCCCAGGGCAUCCAGGGGUGUGGAGUACACCGAGGUGAAGCUGUGA